AUGGAGAACAAUAAUCCAAUUUAUCAGUGGCUUUCCACUGUGGAGGACCACGAACAAAGCGGCCAUCAAGAUGGAGCUGAGAACCAGGAACAAGUGAAGGACACAACUCUCACAACGAGCAUACCACGAAUCCGCAUGCCACUUGAGAUAUCUGACAGUGUGCGUGGGAAUGGACAUUCAGCUAGCAGAAAAAGAAAUUCAGGUCACCUCGAGAAAACCAAAGCUUCGUCCGCUCACGAGACCAUACCAGGAAACGAAUGUCAUAAGAGGUCUCUACAUAGUUACGAACUGAGGCCCCGACACAAGACUCGCGAGGAUUGCUACGAGUACAAAGGUCCAUCAUCAGCUGUGGAUACGCAUCGCAAGGGAAGAGCCAAGACAGCCCGGGGCAGGAGACACACCAUGAAUGAUGACUUCCAUGCCAUCAAUGUCACAGGAAACAGAUUGACAUUGCGCAGCAAUACGAACCUGGGUAUAUUCAGCAAGGGAAGGUCUUCUUCUACAACUAAUCACCACGGAAACACCCCGUCAACCGCUCUUACAAAACCCGCACCAAGCGCCAAGUUUUAUAAGCAUGCCGCGGAAUCUGACCUUGCAUUUUCUGAGAUGAGAUUUCUGUCCCGGAGGAAUAAUUUCAGCCCGUACCCACCGUCGACCGCCAGAGACACUCUGGAUGGACAGUAUGAGAGAGAGUACCAUCCACAAGAACAACAGUUCGAUGAUCCUGCACAUCACUCCACAUUCGACACUUCUCAAUUAAAUCGCAUGUUGCGUGAUGUGGACGGCCAACUUGACUCCUCUGUCACACCGCGGUUCACAUGUGAAGAGGCCCCCGUCAGCGAGAUUUCCCCAACUUCCAGCCAUUCUCGGGGUGGUUUCCCCGAAUCCCCCAAUAAAAGAAGAAAGACAUUAAAACGGCCAUCGUCUGUUCCAUACACUUGGACCGAAACUGAGGCGGACAACACGAAACAAAGCCAUGCUCUCGAACAACACCUGCUGAACCUGCUGCGCGUUGGAAUAUACCCCCAAGCGCUACGCUCUGAGGUCACAAACACCGUCUUGGCCAGACGGUAUUGGAGUCUCGCUGAAUUAUGGGCCCUGUUAGAGGAGAGAAAGGUAUCAUGGUCGAACAAAGCUGGCAACAAAGAGCGAGGCUCACCCGAAGCCAACACGGGGCAGCUAGCUGCAGUAGAAGCCGAAGCCGCUGCACAGGAGGUUCCCGAGGUCAUUACACCAGACGAUUUGGAUCUUGUCAAUGUCGGUACUCUACAAAAUGAAAUGUCCAAACAAUCCCCGGGUUCGAAUGUCGCUUGUGAGACGUCUUGCAUUGUGAACAACGGUCUACCACAACAACCUUCGGUUCUCGAGCAACAACAAGGCGGACCAUGUCAAGCUUCGGAUAAAGCGGGCAGUCUAAAUCCCCAGCCUGCUAGCAUAUCAAGCCAAAAUCGUUUCAUAGGCAUCUUGAACGAAGAUCAGUGUGAGCCCUUGCCUCACGAAUCGACAGAGGAUGAAGUCCUUUUUCCUCCGUCCGUACCAGAGGUCGAACAGCCGCAUAUGUCUGACAUCGAGUUUUAUGAGCUAGAUCGAUUCGAUGAUGAUGAUGUAUUCUAUCGCACGCUGGAUGCUGCUUACUGCGCCAUCGUGCACCCUAGGGUUGCGGCAGAAGUUGCAUCAGAUCUACAGCAGUUACUUGAAUCCCCCGAACUAAAUGGCACUGAUCUUCCGAAUACCCCAGAAUCGACUGGUAUUCGGGACUCCGAUAUUCCUACCCUGCAGGUAGAAGCAAGAGAGUCAGAGCAUUUGGCAGCGGUCUCCCAAGACAUCAUACAAGAAGGGUUUGAUGAAAGGCCAACUGAGCCUUCUUGUCAACAAAAAUUCCCCACCAGUCAUUCGGAUGAUCUUUGUGUCGACCAGAACAAUGAUUUGCCAUGGCUGACUACUGGAUACGGCCAAUCACAACCGCGUGGGUCAACUGGAUUUGAUGCGCGACAGAGUCAGCCUCCAGGAUUGUCUGAUUUCUGGCGACGAAACAAACUCUAUUGA